UAGUCUUUAUAAUCAAUUCAAUAAUAAAAUCUCUCGGAUUAAUACACUUUCCAGACUAUAAGAUGGCCGAUAAGAUAUCGACAUGCAUCAUUGGAUCUGGCAAUUGGGCCACGACCAUAGCCCGAAAUGUGGGCAGGAAUGUGGCCGCAAUGGCCAACACAAUGGAGCCGAAGGUCUACAUGUAUGUGUACGAGGAAAUGGUUGACGGUCGAAAGCUUACCGAAAUCAUCAAUACAACCCACAUCAAUGUAAAGUACAUGCCGGACUUUGUGUUGCCUGAAAAUAUUGUGGCUGUGGAUGAUAUUGUGACUGCUGCCAGGGACUCCGACAUCCUGAUAUUUGCCAUACCCCCGACCUUCGUCAGCAGCUGCUGCAAGACCCUGUUGGGCAAGGUAAAGCCCACGGCCCAUGCCGUCUCCCUGAUCAAAGGAUUCGAGCGGGGAGACGAUGGACAGAUCAUACUGAUCUCUCAGAUUAUCAUGCGACAGCUGAAGGUUUCAUGCUCCGUUAUGGUGGGUUGCAAUUUGGCCCACGAGUUGGCCAAUGAUAACUUUGCCGAGGGCACUGUGGGUUGUCGUGAUCAGAAGUACUACCGCGUGCUUCGGGACAUCUUCAAGUCGGAAACAUUCCGAGUGGUGGUCACCGAAGAUGCUGACUGCGUGGAGAUCUGUUCUACUCUAAGGAACAUCAUUGCCUUUGCUGCCGGCUGCUCUGAUGGCAUGGAACUGAACGAGAACACCAAGGCGGGCAUUAUUCGUAGGGGUUUCCUGGAGAUGCUGCAGUUUGUGGAUGUCUUCUAUCCGGGCUGCCGCAUGGGCACCUUCUUUGAGGCCUGCGGCAUAUCCGAUUUGGUCACCAGCUGUUAUGCCAAUCGUAAUCGGAAGCUGGCCGAGGCCUUUGUAAAGACUGGGAAGCCUCUGUGCGAACUGGAGCAUAUACUCAUAUCAGGCCAUGAGCCCUUGGGUCCAGUCACUGCCGAACUGGUUCACAUUUUACUCAAGAAAAAAGGAUUGGUGGACAAAUUUCCACUGUUUACAACGGUCUAUAAAAUCUGCAUGGGAGAUCUACCGCUUACACGCCUCGUGGAGGCCUUGUGUAAUGCCAGCGAGGACAUCUUCCAUCCGCAACACACUUUCCAGCUUUGAAGGCUGGUCCCCAGUUUAAAAUAAAUCAGAACCGAACAGAACAGAACAGAACAGAACAGAACAGAAAAACAGCAAUUUGGUUUAUUCUUUUUAUUAUUCUGUGAAAUGGGGCAUAUAAAGCCUUGGUUAUAUUUGCCCGGCAAGUCCCGGCAAACGCAGGACUCAAUAUUCAAACAAAGCCCCUCGACAUCUGCAUUGUAUUGUGCGUCUUUUCCUUCUGCAGUUCAAGUGUUCCUUUGCGGAGAGUGCACUCCAUUGAAUGCACCAACGCUCCGAGCACUUGUUGGACUGUUCUGAUGACUCGAACAACGGAAAUCACUUCAACCAGGCGCUUGGUGGGGGCUUUGUGUGGUUCCUGACUGAAUGGGACGGAAAGCCGCAUUGCUUUCUUAUUGUUUCUCGUUUCUCUACUAUACAACAUACACUAGUUGUUCCAUUCUUCGUCUCGAUAUGGUAUUGUACUGCAGUUGAAGUACUCCCCAAUCGAAAUUGAGGAAAUGGGAGCAUCCACUGGAGGACUUGUCAAGCCUCCCUCCUCAAAACUGAACCUCAAAACCCUCCGGACAGGGUUCAAUCAACUACAUCACGAUCUCCUUUUGAAUUUGAAUCAAACUAUCAUACAGAAUUCUGUUGAGAGUUCAGUUCGUAUUCAUUCACAAAAGAGAGACGAGAGCUACAACCAGUAACAAAAUUUGAGUUUUUGCUUUUUCUCCGAUUUUUGAUCGAAUUUAAAUCAAUCUAUCAUAGCGUUCAGUGCUAAAGGGAGUCUUUUAAAAAUGUUAUCAAAUAUUUUACUGAAGGUCGCUGCUGUGAUUUUUUUUUCCAUCGUUUUGGACAUUAUCGAUCAGGAAAAUGAAAGCGUACUUGGGGCAAGCAUGAGCAAAGUCAAUAAUAUUCUGGAUGAGACUAUAUACUACUUUUGGGAGGAUCUGCGUCCAAAGCCACAGGAGAAUUGGUUCCAGCGCUACAUCGUUCGUAACUUUCAAAUGCUGUUCUAAAAGGAACUCAAAUCAAUUCGCAAAUUCCCGAAAAACCAACAAUGAGUAUUACACAAGGCCGAUUAAAUCAAACCAAAGCGUGAUGCACAACUCAAAAAAGUCAUCGUAUAUAUCCCCAAAUUAAUCCACUGUUCGAUGGUUAUUUAAUAAAUUAUUUACGCAAUUCAUUUA